CUCUCGCGCGCGCUGGCUGGCGUGCGCUCCUUGUGUCCUUAGUCAGAAUCGGCGAGUGUGCCGUCCAGCUGUCGCGGAGAGUGUAAAUUCAGGUAUUGCGUAAGCCCCGCGGCCCCGUCCACAAACUGGUCCAAGCCUACAGAAAGAGAGAGAGAGAAUUUAUCUUCGUCUCGUGUGUCGAAAUGGAGAGUGGGAGAGAUAACGUCGAAGUGAAGGGCGCCGUUAAAGAAACGGUAGCCGCGGCGGUCAGUGCCACGUUGAAAGUUGAAGGAAACUCGACGAACGUCGUUGUUGGCGGUAACGACAAACAACAGCUGGACGAAGAGGAGGACGAUAUGGGCAAGCAAAACGGCGAGGAACUUGACGAGGGUGCUCAGGAACGAAUGCUCAGCAACGAGAGCGCCGCGAAGAUCACGUCGAAUGAGAAAACUGCCACCGAGGUGAAAUUUAUCUCCGAAAAUGGUGACGCCAAGAUUGAUAUUGAAACAAUAAAAGAGGCAAUUUCCGGAAUGAGCAAAGAAGAAUUGAUGAAGUUCGCAAACGAUCCAUUUUGGAUAAAAAUGAGAUGGGCUUUGUUCAUCUUGUUUUGGCUGCUGUGGGCAGCCAUGUUGGCAGGUGCUGUGGCUAUAAUUGUAAUGGCGCCAAAAUGUUCAGCACCCGAACCAAAAAAAAUAUGGGAAGAAAGUGCCAUUGUUCAGUUGGAUCCCUCAGAUUCUCCUAAUAACAAUUUAGAAGGUUUGGAAUCCAUAUUGUAUGACUUGAAAGGUCAACAUAUAAAAGCGAUAUCUCUUUCAUCAUUGAUGAAGGAAGAUGCAAAUGGAGUUGUAGAUUUUAAAGUUGUCAAACCAGAAAUAGGAGGCAUUGUUGCUUUGGAGAAUCUCAUUAAAAAGGCAAAGGAUAAUGAUCAACAAAUCUUUCUGGAACUGGACCCGAAUCAUUCUUCUACAGAGCAUCCCUGGUUUAAACAAUCUGUAGAGAGACAAGACCCAUUUACGGACUAUUACGUUUGGGCUGAUGGAACAACUAGUACCGAUAGCGGAAAAGAAAGACGAAAUCCUCCAAAUAAUUGGUUAAGUAUAUAUAGCGAGUCCGCAUGGGAGUGGAAUGAACAGAGAGGCCAAUACUAUCUCCAUCAAUUCAACAAGUCGCAGCCUGAUUUGAACUACAACAAUCCUGCGGUGGUGAAGGAAUUUGGAGAUAUCUUAACCCACUGGCUAAAAUUAGGGAUCAGUGGUUUUCGCUUAGCGAAUACGCAAUAUUUAAAAGAAGAUCCGCAACUUCACGACGAGGCUAGAAGCAUACUUCCCGUGGAAUCCGGUAAUUAUCUAUCGUUGACGCACAUUUACACCCGCGAUCGUCCGGAGAACAUCGAAGUGUUAACUCAAUGGCAAGAAAUUGUUCAUAACAAAACUGACGGCAAAGGAUUAUUCUCGCUGCAAGAUGACAUCGGUGCGGAUAUUUUACAAGUUUACAACGAGAAGAAGACGGUUAUUGAUCUCCCACAGAGCUCGCAUUUCCUCACCACUGCUAAUGCGAGCAUAAAUGCCACGGUGCUGCGUAAAGGUAUCACGCAAUGGCUUCCAAUCGCGCCGUGGCCCGCGUGGAAUCUCAACGGUAAACAACACGCUCUGAGACAACGUAUGCCGGCCGAGAUUGCCAGCAGCGUAACAUUAAUGACCAUGCUCCUGCCCGGCACCCCGAUUCUUCGAUUAAACGACACUAUGUCGGCGAAAGACGCGUUUGCAACUUUGUCGAGCGCGCGUAGCAGUUUAACAUUCCUUUACGGAGAAACGACAACCAGAAUAGUGAACGGAACGGUUUUUGUAUAUGCCAGGAGUUGGUUAAAAAGCGGGAAUCCUGGAUAUUUGGUAGCGUAUCAGACGGGAGAUGAUCAAGCCGUUAUAGAUCUUUCCACAAUUCAGCGAGUAUCGGAAGAAGUCAGCAUAUUUGCGCAUAGUCCUAAUUAUCUCGGACAAUCAGAAAUAUCGAAAACAAAAUGGCCUUCAAACGCGGUGCCCAUAUCGCCAAAAAGCACUGUGGUGUUGACAUUUGUGCCAAAAGAGUAAUAAAAAACAUAUAUAUAUAAAACAAAAUACAUAUGGAAUGCGCGCGCAAAAAAACGGUUAACCGUAUAUACAAUAUUUUUUGUGUUUCAAGUAUAAAAUUGCAAGUAGGCUUACUAACCUACUUGCCUGGUAGGUCGCGUGCAAUCGCAAAAAAGUAACUAAUCUGAAAUUUGAAAAUUAAAUCAAUCGUAUUGUCAAAUCGUGAUUCGAAUGCGAUCUAGUACAAAAAAAAUAAAAAGCAUCGCUGUAGACUUGAUUUAACUGUCGCGUAAAAUUUAUUUGUGACUGCCUCGCGUUUGGCAUCUUGUUAUUUUUUUUUUCUUGUCUCUCAAACCAUGAUUUAUCGUUGUUGUCUGAUAAAUUUACAGUGAUGAAUGUAUAUUGUGAAUGAACAUGUGUAAAACAAAUAUUUCUAUGCCGUUUCGCAUAUCCAAUGUGACAGCUAUUGCAUUUAGAGCAUAGAGGCUUAUCUAUGUGGUAAAAGCUGAAUUAAUUGUCUAUAUAUACUCAUCUCAUAAAUAAUCUGUUUAUAUAUAUAUAUAUACAUAUGUGUGCCGUUAUAAUACAAGGUAGCAUUUGAUGUAUUCAACGUGAUGAAAUAUAUCUUCAGCAAGCAAUGAA